UAAAAGACAGGAAAAAACGGGAACAGCUGAAACUGUUCGCUUGUCACAUGGGUUUCUUUGCUGUGAGCACUGAGCAGACGUGAGCUUUAACUCUGAGAAUCAGUGUGGAAAUAGAUAUUAAGCCAUGUCUGAAGAUGAAGAUGUGAGUGUCAUAGUUGUGGGUUCCUGUAUGACGGAUUUAGUAAGCCAGGCACCUCGCCUACCAAAGGCUGGAGAAACAAUACAUGGAUACAAGUUCUUUAUUGGUUUUGGUGGUAAAGGGGCAAAUCAGUGUGUUCAAGCUGCGAGACUGGGGGCCAAAACUGCCAUGGUGUGCAAGGUCGGAAAGGACGUUUUUGGGGACAGCUACAUUCAAAAUUUCAAAAAUAAUGGCGUAUCCACUGCUUUUGCAGAACAGACUGAAAAGGCUGCAACUGGGGCUGCCUCUAUCAUUGUAAAUGACACAGGGGAGAAUGCUAUAGUGAUUGUGUCUGGUGCUAACAUGCUGCUGGAACAAAUAGAGCUACAAAAGGCACAGUCUGCCAUCACUAGUGCCAAGGUGCUUAUAUGCCAGCUUGAAAUCAACCCAGAUGUAUCACUACAUGCCUUGAAAAUGGCCAAAAAGAGCCACGUAAAGACCAUUUUCAAUCCAGCUCCUGCUAUUGCAGAUCUUCAUUCAGAUUUCUACAAAGCAUCUGACGUUUUCUGCUGCAAUGAGUCUGAGGCAGAGCUGUUAACAGGGCUGCCUGUGUCCUCUGUGGAAGAUGCCAAACAAGUUGGCCUAGAUCUUCUUCACAAAGGUUGUGGUUCAGUCAUUGUAACCUUGGGGCCACAGGGCUGUGUAGUGUGUGAGUCCACAAGUGUAGCCGCCAAACUAGUUCCCACCACCACAGUCACUGCUGUGGAUACUACGGGAGCAGGUGACAGCUUUAUUGGUGCUUUGGCUUUCUACAUGGCCCAUUAUCCCACAAUGCCUCUGGAAGAGAUGGCCAGAAGAGCCAACAUGGUCGCAGCUGUGUCUGUACAACAAGUCGGCACUCAAACAUCUUUUCCAUUUCUAAAGGAUCUGCCACCUGAACUAUUCUGAAAUUACAUGCCCUGGGGUCCGUUCUUCGUACGUUGAUUACUUGGUUAGCUGGAUUUGAUUGUUGACGAUUUGGCUUGAUCUUGGAUUAUUAGGUUCUUCAAAGCUCAUCUUAUAGUUGCUGUCGCAGCAACCGGUCCGUAAGAUUAAACCUGCUGGGGAGCAGGCUUAUUUCAUGUAAACAAGAUUAGAUCGCACCUUUUUAAGCGGAGGUGAUAUGGAAAGUCUGACGCAGUCAUGUAUUCUCCAUUAUACAAUCUGUUUAAGAUGCACAAUUAAUAUGAAGAGCUUUUCGAAUUCAGCGCGUAAUAAAAAAGGAUAAAUUAAAUCUUUUAGCGAUGUUAUUUAAUAUAAAAAAUAUGCUUUUUCUGUACUUGUGCAACUUGUUUUAUUGUGGAUAAAAACUGUAUAAAAACAGCAAUCAAUCAUCUUUAC